AUGGCAGCUAACAAUUUCAAUACCAUUAAUGCUACCGUCAAAUCCGACCCUAAGAACCACAAAGGCCGAUAUAUCAUCUACGUCAAGGCCGGGGUGUACGACAAGUACAUCACCGUCAAGAAGAACAUGGUCAACAUCUUCAUGUACGGAGAUGGCCGGAGAAAAACCAUUGUCACUGGCAACAAGAGCAACCGCGAAGGAUUCUCCACCUUCAGGACGGCCACUUUUUCAGCUAUUGGAGUUGGAUUCAUCUGCAAAUCGAUAGGAUUUCGUAACACAGCAUGUCCCGAGGCACACCAGGCAAUGGCUUUGCAUCUCGGCCUUCUUCAACUGCAGAAUGGACGCCUACCAGGACAGAACUGCAAAAUCAUAGUGAGGAAACCCAUGGACAACCAACUCAACACCAUGACUGCACAAGGAAUAACCCAAUCCCAGAGGCCAACAGGGCUGGUGAUCCACAACUGCAACAUCGUGCCAGAGGCGAAGCUAUUCCCCAUGAUAUUCAAGAUCCAAACAUCAGGGAGGCCAUGGAAGGAGUAUUCCAAGACCGUGAUCAUGGAGUCCACACAGGCAGACUUCGUCAACCCAGCUGGUUGGUACCCAUGGGCUGGAAACUUCGCCCUCGACACCUAG